CCUGAAUUCAUCACAGGCUUGUUUGACUCAACUUAAAUUUUUUAACAAGGUAAUAAUGUACAUGUAGAUCAAUCCUUUUUUUAAUUAGUGUAUACCUCUGUGAUUUUGACACUGUAAGUCCUGUUGUCUUCUUGAUGUGUGUCCUUUAAAAUAAACAUUUCCAUGGCUGUUGUUUUUAAGAUUAGCGAUGUUCAAGGGGAAAUUAAGCCCCUGAGAUCAGAUGGACUGAAAACUAAUGUGAAAGAAUCUUCAAAAAGAAGCCCAGGUAUGUUGGUUUUCUCGCAUGUUACUGAAACCUUAUACAAGUAGUGAAAUAUUAGAAAAAUCUGAAAAAUAUUGGAAAUAUGAUAUUGGGAAAAUCUGCUGGAAAAAAACUGAUGUGCACAUCAGUGCAGAGGGGAAGAUUAAUAGUUCUAUGCUUAUCACCAUAAACUAUGUAGGGAGGAAUUAAGUUGAAGCCAUGACCACUUUGUUAUGUUAUUUCCUUUGGCUGAACACUAAGCUCACCCAUUACCUGUCUGCUUUCCACCCAAGAGUAUGAAAAUGUUGGAAAAAAAUGAUUGGAAAACCUGACAAAUUGCUGGGAUGUUACUUUUGAUGAACUACAGUUGUACAUGUACAGCUGUAGCAACACCCCAGUAGUCACAAACAAUUUAACCCUUUAACCCCCAAGAUCUUAAUUUUUCACAAUCACACCAUGUAAGGCUACUCAGUCUGCUCACUAUAUGUCACAGAAUAGGUGACUUGUAGCUUAACCAAUCAGAUUGGUUAAUAGAAUGCUGGUAGAUUUAUGCUAAUAGCUCCUUCAUUUGUUGGAUCCUAAAUUAAAAAAUAAGAAUAAUUUUAAUUGAAAUUAAUUAUGAUGCAAUUGUCACAGGAAUUCAAUCUGAUUGUAUUCCAAUCAGUGCUUAGAGCCUGAAACAAAUUUGGUCAGUUUUGUGUGAGUAACUAUAAAAAUAAAACACAAGGAUUAUUAUUGUGUAAUGAAUAUGUGAUAAAAUUACCUAUUGUUAAAAAAUUGCAGGUUGUGAAGAAGAUCAAAGAGAGCGUGCUGAAUCUCCAGACUUGUUCUCUACUCCUCUUGAAGAAAAAGAAAACCCACAUAGAAAGAAGGUGCAUCUAACAUUGUUUUUAAAAAUUCAAUUCUGUGUAGCCUGGGUGCUUGUUUAAAAUUAUGGUCGAAAGGAGGGGUGUUUAUUAGAAGGAGGGUGGGUAUUUGAGGAGGGGGGGCUUAUUGUUCUUCUGUACUAAUUCUGCUGUUGUUAAAGCUUAAAAAGGUGUAGAAUUGGCAAUAGAAACAGGUGUUCAUUGUAUCCUUACUUUUUUAGAAAGUAAAUAAUGAGGGGGAAUGCUUAUAUGAGAGGGGCCCUCAUUUGUCAUCAUGGCCAAGAAAGUGAGCGGUUCUUUUGGAGAGGAGGCCUAUUAAACCAUAAGCUCUAUUUGAAGAAAUACAGUACUUUGAUUCUGAUUGUAUUUAAUCCACAUUAUGGCAAAUUUUGCUUUUACAUAGGAGAUGCAUCAACUGAAUGGUUAUUUUUUUUACUGUGGGUUGUUAGUUGGUGAUAAUUUUCUUUAUUCUCAUGACCUAGAUAUUACUUUAGUGAUGAUGCAGUAAAGAGAUAUCAAGUGCUAGUCGCUCCAAGUGAUUUAAAGGUUUUAGACUCUACUAUCAUGUUUUGGUGUGUAAAUUUUUUACUGUAUUUGCAUACAGUUUACAGUAUAUUUGUGUGAUGUUGGUUUAGGUGCUUAGGAAUGCUGACAGUGACACAGACCAUCCAAACAGCCCCCCUUUACCUGUCACUGUGAGGUCAAACAGUGCUGACCUAAGUGAUGAGAGUGGAAAAGAGUCAAGUUCCUAUCAGGCUGCCUCUUCUUCCAGGUAUGUUGUAACAUUGUCACAGACUUGUUAACCUUCCUCUAGUUGAUUUGUUUCCUUUGCAAAUGUGAUAUCAAAUGGCAAACCUUCUGUGAUACUCAUAAAUGUAAUUAUGAUCCACCACAUAUUCUUGCCUCAACCAAAACUGGAGGAUAUCAAAGUGAUAUUCUCCAACUUUUCAACCUUGCAACAGAUUCAUGGAAAGUCUCUGUUUGGAAUUUUAUACAUGAGAAAACACAAACUUAUUUUCAAAAAGGCUGUCAUGAAGAAAACUAAAAAGUCAACAUCAUAAACUGGAAAUAUUUGUGAUGAUUUUUGUAAUUGUUGUCUUCCACUCAUUGCAAAAGAGAUAUAAAUGUUGGAGGAUGAUGAACACAGUACUUCCCAUAAGGUUGAAAAAAAUGCUCAUAUCUUGUUCUGGGAGUUUAUCUCUCCAGUUUUUCUUAAGCUAUACUCUCACAAAAAUAUGCGCUUCAGGAAACAGGCAUUGUUUGCAUCUAAAUUCCCCAAUAUAUUUUUGGGCGAAGCGGUAGUUACUGUUUUUAUAAUUUCUUGUGGAGUGUCAAGUUAUAAACACGUUUCGUUUUACAGGCAGCACAAAACGAAGGUAAGAAGAAAGUUGAAAUUGAGAAGAACCAAGAGAGACGAAUCAGGCUUUCCAAACCUGACAGGAACAAAAUCAGACGAUGAUUUGACUUUGGAAGAGGUUAGGGGUAAUGAUCAAAAAUCUCAGAGGGAAAAUUCCAAGAGUGGAAAUAAUAACAACACUGGAGAGAAGCGUAAACUUGAGCAAGAUGAUGAUGACAUAACAGAUGACGAGGAAGCAAUUGUAGUAUUGGAAAAGAAAGAUCUUCCGAAACGGCAGAAACUAUCUUCAGUUGUGCACGAUAGUGAUUCAGAUGAAUUGCAAGAUGUGAACAAGAAAGGUUGUAAAAGGUCACCUGAUGGAAUUGAUGAGCCUUCACCAAAAAGAAUGGCUGUAAGUACAGUGAAUAAACUUGCAUUUCUACGCCCAAACGUGGUUUAAAGAGACAGUGAUAGUGUAAACUUACAUUUGUACUUAUUGCACUUAUUUUCAUUCACAGUCUACAACUUUAACUGUUCGUCUAUCUCGCCGAUACAAGAAUGUGCAGUGCAGACCCACCUCUCUAAAAGAAGCCAUGAAGGCCAAUUUGUACUUCGCUCCUCCUGGAGUGAGCAUUCCAGCGUAUACUCGAAUCAUCAUCAGAAUGUUUGAGAAGUAUAGAAGACAAUUGCAUAAGGCGCAGUCCAGGGUCAAAAAGCUCAUUCCCUGGGGUUCCCCAGUCGUAGCUGGGAGCAGACAAGGGGACACGCUGGAUGCACUGUCGGCAAAGACUACUACCUCUGUUGGAACAAAAGGCUCGCCUUUUACCAGAGGAUCGUUACGUAGAGGUGAGUUAUGUUUAGUAAGGUGAAAGUACAGAGUGAUUGAGCAAUAAUCUACAUUUCCCACCAAUUUACUAUCAUAAGAGCUCACGCAGCCUUUUGAGUAAUAUUAUUUGCAGCUGUUGGUGGCUCCCGUCAUGCACCACACUCUCUUCCUCGUGCUGAGAGCAAACGACUGGUCAUAACGACACCAGCUGUUUAGAGAACAGGAUAAUUCUCUUUAAUCACGAGUGCUUUCUCGUUGUCCGUAGUGGAUGAUAACGACGGAAAUCUGAUAGAAAGUGCCCUCUAUUUUUUUUCUUUUUUGUAGUAGUUUUAGGCAUACCGGUUCGAUAAACGAUAAUUUUUCAUCCAAUCAGACUAUGCGCUUCCUAAUUCUCUUUACUAGCCGCCAGCCUAACUGAGCACUUUACGCCCUAACAUCAGUAUGCAAGUUCUCGAUACUGUUCUCUUUUUACAUUUCCUGUAGUGCUCACAAUGAGAAUAUGUCCAACACCCAAAUGGCGAUCAUUAAGUGUUUACCACUCAGGUUACUAGGGUAAAACAAAACACAACAAAAUGGUAACGACUUGUCAAUUUGAGGCUAUGAUAUUUGAAUAAUGUGACUAGCAGUUGGUUAUUAGUGAUAUUACUCUCACAAGAUUUUUACGGCCGGUUAUUUACACGAGGUCUAUCUCAAAGCACUGUUUUAAGUAAUCAGUGGGCCGCAGGCUUUCUCUAUAAGAGGGUUGAUUAAAUUAAGUGAAUGCCCUUCCACUGCUAGCUUUCGGCCCUCUUGAUACUUUUGUCAAACAGCGGCUUAACUUUGUUUGAAUGGUAAGGCCUUUAUUUUUCUCUUCAGAAGCAAGCCCCGGAAUUAAGAACUAUUCAGACAAUGAAACUUCUGAGCGGAGAAGAACUUUGAAAAGCUCAAGUACUAUGGUUGAGCAACCCACUGCUUCCUCAACCAGCAGUAAAUCAACGAGUACAGUUACCGCACCUCCGUUUAAAAUAGACAGUGAUAGUGACGGUGAUGGUGACUUAAUGCAAUCCUAUUUGGAUCAACAUUGUACGCCAACUAAGAGCUCCUUGAUUAAGAAAACGCUGAAGAGCUCUGCAAGAAGUGGAAAAAUUUCUGACUUUGUAGAGACUCGGGAAAUAAGAGGAGCUAGCUUGAAAGGAAAAUCAUUAUUGACCAAACCAACGUCAAGCGAAGGCGGAGUUCAUUCUAAUAGUUCGCGUAAUAAUGAUCCAAAAGAGGCGCGUAAGAAAGCUACCAAUGUAGACGUUCGCGAUUCAGAAAUGUUAUUCGAUGGCAGUGUUAACUUAGAUUUAGACUCAGUUGAAAUCCAGUCAGUUGCUAUGGGUAGCUCACCUCCGAAAGGUGAAAAAGAAAAAGAAAUUGUAGCGAAUUCAGCAAAGACUAAAGGCGAGGCUAAAGGUGAAAGUCCAGCGAGCAAAAUAGACGUUUUACCAGAUGGUAGGGAAGUUGAAAAUGAUGUUUGCUUGAUGGAAACUGAACUAGAAAACGAGGGUGAUGUUCUUCGGCCUCCAAGGCGCAGGAGUAUUUCGCGGCCUUUCAUCGAGGAUGACUCUACUGAUGAUGAAAACGAGUGUGUGAGACCGGCUACAUCAGAGGAGGAAGGCACGAAGACAGCUGCAACUAGAAACAGAAAGCAGAAAGAGAAUGUAGAGGAACAUCUUGUGUCUCUACAGAGCGAAUCCGAAGCCAUGCAUAACAGGAGUAUUCUUGAGAAGAUGGGGAAGGAGGUGGAGGAUGAUGAACUGAAACCAUCACAAGAUUUAUGCAACCCUGAUGUAACGUCCACUAAAAUGGACGAAGAACCUGAGGCCGGAGGUGAAUUUGAAAAUACUGGAAGUUCAUUGACGGCUGCAAGUUCUUUCGUUAAGCAGAAAGAAGAUAGAUUUGUAGAGGAAGAUCAUCUUCUUGAAGUGACUGAGAGUCAGCGUACGAGGGAGAAGCGUUCGGAGGCAGCUGAAAGAGCAGCAGUUGCUGCAGAGAACAGACUAAAGACGAAGACACGAAGAGGAUUGCUUGAGGCGUGUUCGUCAAGGUAUACAUCAGAGAAACGAUAUUGGUCGUGCAUGACUUAAAUAUAGCACCAGGUCAUUAUUAAUGAUACGCUCCUUUGCAUUUCAGCUCUCAAGACCACUUCGAAGUGAAGCAGCCAAGCGAAAUAACAGAGGAUGCACUAUUGGAAUCAACGGUUGAAUGCCCGUUGUGUUUUGAGCGUUUUACUUCUAAAGAAAUAGAAGCUCAUGCAUCGGACUGCCAGGGUCCACCCCCACAGGCGCAGUUUGGCUUACAAACGAACAGGGAGGAGCCUGGUUUUAGGAGCAAGCCUGGACCGAGUUUCAGAAGGUGAAUGUCUUGGUUAGGGUUUACUUCAGUUGCUACAUGGAGCUAUGUGUUUGAAGUAACCAGGCCUUGUGGUUAUCAGACAAUCUCAGGGAAAGUUGGGAACGAUAACGUGGCAGGCUGGUUAUGUGCCAUUCUAACAUAGUUGUCAAAAAAUUCGAACGACAGUUCAUAUGAGGACGGUAACUGGGCAAGAGUUUGAAAGUUAAGCCAAAUUGCUUCCGUUAUGGGAAUUGUCAGCUCUUUUACCGAGAUUAAAAAGGCUUUAUUUUUGUAGUUUCAUUUUAAAAGCUUAUGGACGCUUUUAAGUAACAAGGUGAGAUCUUGAGAUGUUAGCCAGCCCGCUCUUGGGAUCUUAGCCCGCUCAAUAGACCGGGUUCAUCCAAAGAGGGUGUUUAAAGGUGUAGUAUAGUACUGUAACUGGCUAUUUUCAGAUUUAAGUUAUUUUAGCACGUUAACGUAACCGUGGUUGCAGUUCACUCUCAAAGGUUCUGCAGCUAAUAUCGAAAGGAGUUACUUAAGCUAGCGCUGUUAAUGAGGACCAAUUCAAAUUAUUAUGGUGUAGUUUCUUUGGAUAAGAUUGUUCUAUCUUACUAGAUUAGACCAGUUACACGGUACUGUCAUGAGCCGGGCAGGAAUGCCGAGAUUUCGAGCAAGCUGCUACCGGGAUGGUCUGAUUUUCCAAGAUAUUGAAACACCGAAAAGACUAUCUUUCAAUUGAGUGUUCGAAAUGAUCUUAGAGUUUAGUAGUUCUAUCAUGCCUUGUGAGUGGGCCAUCCUCUCAACCAAUCACAUCCACGUGUGAACCUAACUGCGACUUGCUCACUCGACUUGCGCUCUGUAAACAAACUUAAGACAAAUUAAUGACUGUGCCAGCCCAUCUUCUUUCUAAUUAUAGUCAGAUAGUUAGCCCGAGUUACACAAUCGGCAUCUAAGUCGAUAAUGACUCUGAACAUAGCCUGCUCCUUUUUGCAGUGUUUCUUCCGAAGGUGCGAACACAGUUUACCGUACUUUAAGUGGCGAAAGAGGAGAGUUGAAAAACCUUAGAGUCGUGCUUCAGAGGUCUCCUUUGGCGAGACAGAAACUACUCCAGAAAGACACUUCAACGUCGGAUUCUGCCUCUGCUAAGCGAAAUCUUGACUUUGAAACCAGUUGUGCAACCUCUGGAAUAUUUGAUCAACACGGUAGUUCUAAAAGCUUUGAUCGAGGUUCGCGAAAACCCAGUAGGGACACCAAAGGAGCCUCAAGGGCUGAGUCAGAGAGUGAAGAGACAGUGUACGAGAAAAACGAGAGAGAAACCAGUCCUAGUGUCCUUAACUGGCUUGAAACAUCAAGGUUUUGAUUUUAUUUGUUUCAUAACCAUUAUUUUUAUCUUGAAAUUAAUAGUUGUUUUAACUAUAUUGUAUUUAAAUCUACCAACAACCUUUUCCGUCUUCAGUUAAGUGAGUGCGUGGUGUAGUUUUUAAAAUGCUCUCGGGAAGAUGUGUGUAAAGGCCUCCGUGCACGUGCGCGGCAUGUGCUUACACCAGGAACAAUGAAACACUGGAAAAUAACGGAACGCCGGGAUAUGCCGGAAUACCGUGGAAUUUCCAAAAGAAAAGAAAAUAAACGUAAAAUUUGAUAAGAAAGAGUUAAGAUAUAUCUAAGAAAGAUAAAACUCAAUUUGUGUGUCGCUCGCGCUCUUAGUGCGUCAAGUCCGCCAUCUUGGUUUUCCGCUGACUAGUAACCCCUCUGUCGGUGUGUUUAAUUCCCAACAUAGGAAAAAAUAUGUAUUUUAAUUAUACUAUUAUUUAAUAUUUAAUUUCCUUCAUCGAAAUUCCGCGAUGUCCCAGCUUGUUCUGGUGUUCCAUGUUUUAACACAUGCGCGGCCGGCGACAAUCGGUGAAAGUUCUGGUUGGUUGAUCACGCACUACAUAAGGUCUUCCAUUCCAAAAGUUUAGUUUAAAUAUACAAACGUAACUGUGGAAAAGAUAACAUACAGUGAAGUGACCAAAGUUAAAAGAACAUCCUGAUCAUCACGAAAGUUUCUUGUUGGCCAUUACACAUUUACUGUAAAUAACGUGAUCGUUUUUCUUUUUUGAUGCGUGUAAGCUCGUGAAAAAGUUGACGCUGAUUGCGGAAAUAAAGAAUUGUUUCAGUUUAUUUGUACUUUUCUCGAUGGAUAGAACUCUGGUCCACGUUUAUAGUUAUGCAGUUGUGAUGGUGCGAGGGGCCAGGAAGGGAAACGAUUAUGCCGGGGUCAGGGUUUUGUUGCAUUCCUUUCCUAUUGUUUUGUUUGUUUGAUUGAUUUUGUUGAAAGAGGUAAUAGAAGACAUAUUUGGUAGCCAGUGAGAGGAGUUGAUUCCCAGACUGUUUAAGUGAACAAAAAGAUCCCAUGUUGCCGUGGGUCUGUUCAUUAUUAUAUCACAGAUGACGUCAAAAUGUGGGAAGAACAAAAAAGUGGCAUUUAUUCGCAGCUGAGAAUGUCACUAAUGUCCCCACCACAUUUUGAAGUUUUCUGUGAUAUUUUACACUGUACAGACCCACGGCAACAUGCAAUUUUUUCGCAUUUGUUUACACGCUAAACAAGGAAAAUGAUGUUCAUAGUAAGAUCAUCUAUGCAUCUGCCCUCCAGUAGAUCAUUAGUACGAACCAAUCAAAAUCCCUGUAGGAUUCAGCUUAUCAUAUUCAUGUACUUAUAAAUAAAUGAGCCUUCUGUUGCAGAGUUUUCCUUUAAGAACACUGAUUGAAAAUUAGGGAUUUCUGUUCUUUCCUUUGGCACUCAUUAGUGCAUUUUGAUAUGCGCGCCAAAAUUUUCUUUUCUUGCUUUUUCAUUUUGUUUUGUAUUUGGUGGAAUUUUCUUCUCUGAGGACUUCGGAAGAUGUCAUUUUCCCUUUUUGUCCAUUCAGCGCGGAAAAGAAGAAAGCAGCACAGACAUUCCUCGGUGAGUACAUUCCCUUGAACAUGAGCAAGGAAAGACAAGAAAAUGAAAGUGGCAGUACCGAAGAACCCGAGUAUCGACAAACCUGUGGAACAGAAGAAGUGGAGUCGGACAGCGAUUCAUCAGUUAGUAGUGGUAUAUGUGAUGACAGCCUCAUGAUGCAGUACGGAGCUCAGCGCAUUUCUGCGCGUUGUAAAGAAUCCAGGAAAAUUCGAGAAGAAGGAACCGACGAAAAUGAUAUCGCACUUGCCAUACUUGGUGGUCGAAGCAAGAAACGCCCCCUAUCUUUAUCAAAAAGCUCUAAGGCCAAGAAGUCUCGGAGGCCAAGAGAUUCUGAGAGCGAGGAGAGUGACGAGUAUCACGUGGUCUGUGAGCUCUGUAACGAGAAGAUUCCGAAAGAAAUGUACUCGCAACACGUGGAUGAAGAACUGGAGGCUAAGAAAAGGACAUCAAUAGCGAAGCGUAAAGUAGGAGGUGAGUUCUUUGCUGGACUGUCUGGUUACCUGUGGAUGCUUUUGUUGAGCUUCCAGGAGCAAUAAGGUUUUCGCUGGACGGUUUAUUGGAAUCACAUCAGGUCUACUUUUAACAGUUAUGUGAGAAAAACUCUUUCCUUGUAGUUAGUGCUUUAUGCUGUAGUCGAAAGAUCCGGAGUUCGAGCUCUAGUCAAGGUAGUUGGGUUUCCUACGAUCUUGAGCAGGAAACUUUCACUAUGCUUCAUCUCACUCAGUAGUUUGGAUUGGUGCCAGUUGAUUGUUAGGGGAAAUGCAACGGACAGGAGUUCCCAUUUAGGGGAAGUAGCAAUAAUUCUGAAGUCUGAUUUGUUAGGUAAAAUUUUCAGACUUUUCGUCCAACUGAAAAGUUUCGUAAAGUGAGGUCUUCCUUUCAAGGCGGGUGGGAGGGGGGAAACACUUUCUUUUAAUGAAUCGAUCGGAAAUUUGCUCUUCCACCUGACCAUAUGGUUCUGCUAUUGUUGUUCUGAAACGACACGGCCUAAAAAGUACUAUCUCUAUCGAACCUUUUGAUAUCCUUUUUUCCAGUAGUUACCCUGAAAGACAGGAGUCAGGGAAGCAGCAAAGACAAAGAUAGAAGGUGCAUUUCUGUUUUUAUCAAAGUUUUGCGUUAAUUUCCUUAUUUACUACGGUAAGAGUAAAUUUUGCAAGCGUUGUGGGUGGGAAGGAUGCCAAGAAGGCUUGGAAACUCCACAAUGUUCACGUAUCAACUCGUAACGCAUAAUAGCACAUUCUACCUCCAUUCUUAGAAAUACGUGUCUAGUGUUCAUAUGAGCAAUUGAAUCUGUUUUCAACGUUUGUAACUUGACUCUGUCAAAAGACCAGUGGCCGAGUAGUUUACGGGUCUGAGUAAAGGGUGAAAUCCUCCACUGUACCUUACAGCUCUACUCCUCCCUUGUAAAUAACCAACCAGUUCGCCUUCCAAGCGUAGAUUUGUAAACUAAAAAAUCCAACGGGGGGAAAGGGAAUUGUAACACAUAUAUGGCUAAUAUUGUGAAUCAUAGCUGUAUUUUGCAAUGCCUUACACAUUUUCUGAUUGAAGGGUUGUUGCAAAAAACAGACAGAUUGAGAAACCCUCGCAAACUGUUGCAACAGAAGACACUGACGGACUCGAAGUGGACUGGGACGAUGUCAGUAAUUCACCAAUCAAAUGUUUCCAGUUUACGGAAAAUUCGAACAGUGUCGUGGACUUCGAGAAUCAAUUUGAACACCUGAAAGAGAGCAAGAACAACAAAAGGCAAUCAAAAUACGGGCAGAAGGAGCCCAGUUGCGGGAGGUCUGGUUUCCGUGGGGGAAAUAAAAGUUCCGGUAACAGGGGGAAUAACAGAGGAUCGUAUAACAAGGGUUAUGGACGCGGGAAGAAGUAUAAAAAGUACAGAGGAUCGCGCGGAAGGAAGUAAAUUUCAUCGAGCUCAACACGAACACUUUUCCGUCGGAAAUUGUACUUUUCAAGGAUAUAAUUAAUCUCAAUCUACUUUAGUGAGCAAAACGUGUGAAAAUUUCCCGCAGGAGUUACAUAAACCGCUAAUAAUUUCUAUGGCAAGUGUCUCUGUGAAGUCCUCUGCACUAGCAGAUUUCCUGUUGACAAAUCUUCUUUUUCAAGGCCUUACUUGUUGGAUUUUAGGCUAAAGAACUUGUCA